UGGGAGUUGGAGAGGUGUGUAACUUCGCCGCCUACAUGUUCGCUCCGGCCACGCUGGUGACGCCGCUCGGAGCCCUGAGUGUCCUCAUCAGUGCAGUUCUGGCGCCCUACCUGUUGGGGGAGCAGCUGAACGUGGUGGGGAAACUGGGCUGUUUGUUGUGUGUUUUGGGAAGCAUCCUGUUGGUGAUCCACGCCCCACAAGAACAGGAAGUGACAUCACUACAGGACAUGACCUACAAGCUGCUGGACCCCGGUUUCCUGGUGUACUUGUCGGCGGUGCUGCUGCUGUGUUCGGUGCUCGUUUUCUAUUUCUCUCCUCGGGUCGGUCGCUCCAACAUCCUCGUGUACAUCAGCGUCUGCUCGCUGCUCGGGGCGUUCACCGUCGCCUCCGUGAAGGGCCUCGCCAUCGCCAUCAACACCG